AUGGGUUUUUUGACACUUGACAAUCAAUCGCUUUACCCUGAAACUUACAUCAAGCUGUUAGCUACAGCUUUACUGGUGAUUGAAGUUUACCACCCUGACGCCGUCAUUGUCGAAGCUGGAAAGAAAGCGACAUACGGAAAAGAAGCGAUCAAGGAAGAACUCAUGGAAUUUCUCAAAACAGGGGAUAGCAUGAAGAUCCAGGAAGGACAUUAUCAAAUGAGCGACGAUUACAUUAUCUACAAUGGAAUCUUUGAAAAUACGCUGCAAUCCGGAGUGGUCAAAGGGAAAUUUACCCAAAUAUGGCGAAAAGUUGGCGACACAUAUCAGCUUUUACGUGACGAGUACUCAUGGGAGUGAGAGAAAACUUAAUUUGAUGAGUACCAUUUAGUGCAGUGCAUUUGGACUUCGACUAACUUUUUGCACAAAAAAGUUGCUUAUUCCAAUGUGAUUAAAUUUAUCAUCUCUAUCUUUCCUUUUAUCUAGAGAAAACAUCAAGCUUUCCCUUCCGCAGUCAUAAAAAACACUUAACUUUGCUGGGUUAUCCAAGGCCUCGUGUAAUAGCAAACGUAUAGUACUGCUGUUCUGAAUGAUAAGGUAAAAUUUCGAUUUGGGCCUUAUAUGACAGUGCAAGG